UAACGUAUUCUGUUACGGAAAUGAAAUGGUGAAAAAGGUUCGGAAGAAAAAUUCCAAAAAUAAGGGUCAAAAGAACAAAGAUGAAAAUAAGUUGAAAAAGCUGGAGGAUGUUAGGAGAAUAGCAGCAGUGAAUGCCAAGUUGUGGGAAACUCGAGUUGAAAUUGCUGAAAAAGUUAAACAAAAGGUUCAGUAAGCUAUUGUUUUGUGAUAAUGUGGAAAGAGAGCAUGCAAAGAAAUUGGCUGAUGACAAUGCAAAAUUGCAUGACACAUUACGACAAUCAGAGAAGGAGACUAUGGAAGUUUUUUCCUACCUAAAAAAAGAAAAUGAUGCUAAAGACAAAGAACUUAAUGAAUUACGGGAAAAAAUUGAACAUUUGAUUGCUUCUCAUGAAAACGAUAAGGAACUGCUUUUAAAUGACAUUAAGGAUCAAAUGCUUUGCAUCAACACUGAAAAGGAAAAGGAGUGUAAAAGGGUUAAAGAACUUGAAAAUGAAAUACAGCAGCUAGGCGAAUACAAAAGUGACAGAAUUCGUACUGAGAAUGAAAUUAAGCAAUUACGAAGUAUGGUUGAGAGUCAAAAGUCUCUGAUUGAACAGAUGGAGUUGAAAUUCUUCGAAGAAAAGCUCAGAAUUAGAGAAACUAGCAUUAAAGAUAUUAAAGCUCUUGCAGAGGAAGCCCACAGAACUUCCAUUAAAAAUUUAGAUGAUUCCGCAAAACUGUCGUUUGUUCAAAAUGUAGCUAUGAGAAGAUUCAUUUCACAUUUGAAAAGUCAGCUAGUAUCAGCGGAAGAUUUAUCAAAAUCCUUAAACACUGAAAAUAAGAAAUUGACUUUGGAGAAAGAAACUUUGGAAUGCUCUCUUCUAGCGAAAACUUCAGAGUGCAGAAGGUUAAAUGAACUCAUUCGCGAGAAAGACAAAAAGAUUGAAAUCUGUGAAAAUCAAAUACAAAACUUAAAUGAUACUGUAUUAAAACAAAAGAGUGAAUUACAAGGACAAGUUGUUUUACACACCUCUGAAUCAGCUAAAUCAAUAGAAAGGUUGACUAAAACACUAGAAUUAGAACGUAAACGUAUGAAUCGUAUCUGUGGAUUGGCUAACAAAAUUUUACAACAAAGAAGUGAAAUAGAAGAAUUCUUUAUCAGUUCACUCGACUAUGUUCGUGAUGAGAUUAAAGUGAAUCAGAAUAAUUACAUUCAUGAUUCAAAGUCUGCUUAUGAAGCUAGUUUACGCUUAGCUCACUGUGGUAAAUCAACCUAUCCACCUGUAAGAACAUUUCAAAAUACAAUGUCAAGUACAAAUAAUGUAUACGAUGAUUUUAAGAUUGCACAUCAAAUUCCUAGAUCAGCCCGUUUAACGAUUCGUGAUCUUACCUGGGAGCAGAAAGAACGUGUACUUUCUAUAUUAUUUGAAAAAAUUAAUAAUAAUAACAAAAUGAAAACAAAAGGCAUAAAUAAAACGCAAAGGAAUAGUUCAGAUACGUCAAACUGUCAAAAUACAGAAAACUCAAAGUUAUCCAUCUCAAGGGAAUCAACCCAUUUGAUUGAUUCAAAACGGUUAACAAAGCGAAUUCUUGAUUCUAUCAGAAGUAAUAAUGAAUCAGUUUUACGUACAUCCAGCUGGAGAGAAGUUGACGAAGCGGUAGAAGAAGACAGAGAAGAGAAGGAAAGGAAUAGUAGUUGUGAAGCACUUCAAUGGCAAGUGAAUGGAAAUUCAACUGACCUAUCUGAGGAUAAUAAUCCGGGCUUAAUCCCCUCUAAGGAUUUACUCAGCUUACAGUCUAACUUAGGAAAUAUUGAAGAGAAGUCAUCACGAAAGAAGGUGCUUUCUGCACCAGAUUUUAGAGGUGAACAGACAAGUACACCAUAUCCAUCGCCACAAACCAAAGAUGAUAUAACACAUUUGGAAAGUGCACACUCUAACUAAUGCUGAGUAUUGCAGUGAUUAGCGGAGAUAAAUCAAAUUUGAUAAUUUAUGCACCUGUUCUUAUCAAAAGAAAACAAUCAUGUUCAUUGUAUGAGUGUACAUACUUUGAUAUGUUUUUAGAAGUACACAAUAGAG